AUGUGUUUCGGAAGCAAAGACAAAGACAAAUCCACCGACCCAGCUCCCAAGCCCGCCUCAGUCCCUCAAUCAUCAUCCACCAUCGCCGCCAAUCCUAAAGCCAGCAUGCCGCAGGGCUACGCGCCGCCUCCCGGACCCCCGCCGUCUCGCGGCCAGGGUCAAUCUCAGUCGUCUCCCUACUACGCUCCCCCGGCUGGUCCACCCCCGUCUCAUCAUCGGGAGGACUAUGCGCCUCCCCCGGGCCCGCCUCCCUCCGACACAAAGAACAACCCGUUCUUCAACUCCAGCUCCGGCACGGAAUACGCGCCCCCGCCUGGUCCGCCACCAUCCCACGGCGGCCACGGAGAUUCUCAAAAGGAAAAGCACCAGCAGCAGCAACAGCAACAUGACUGGCAGACCGCCGUCCCAGACACCGCACUACUACCCCCUCCACCCAACUUCUUCAGCGGCUUCGACCGCUCGCCCGCGAACAACGCCACCGAGGAGGAAUGCGAGGCCGGCGAGUCCUGGUGCGCGCAGUACCCGCUCUACGGCCCCAUGGCCCUCAACCCGCCCGCCGAAUCCGCCGCCCGCGCCGGCAACAUAGCCGUGUACGCGCCCCCGUCAUUCGCCGGCACCCUGACGCGCCUGCGCCCGGGGGUGUGGAGCGUCUCCUCUCCGCGCCACGGCCGCGACACCUGUCUCGCGACGUACCCGCCGCUCUACCACGCCGCGGCGCACAGCCCCCUGGUCACCGGGUCCCGCAACAACAAGAAGACGGCGUACUACGAAGUCCGCGUCCUCGAGCCCCGCAGCGGCAGCGGCAGCGGCAGCCGCGAGAUCUCGCUCUCGCUGGGCUUCGCCGCCCCGCCGUACCCCGCCUUCCGGCUCCCCGGGUGGCACCGCGGCAGCCUGGGCGUGCACGGCGACGACGGCCACCGGUACGUGAACGACCGGUGGGGCGGCAAGGCGUUUACGUCGCCGUUCCGCGGGGGGGAGACGCUGGGGCUAGGGAUGGAGUUUUGCCCGCAGGCGGGGGCGGCGGGGAGGGGGAUCCGGGUCGAGGUGUUCCUGACGCGGGACGGCGUGGAGCGGGGGCGGUGGAAUCUGCACGAGGAGACGGACCGGGAGCAGGAUCUGCCGGUGACGGGGCUCGAGGGGUAUCAUGACUUGUGCGCUGCCGUGGGGGCGUUUGACAAGGUGGCGUUUGAGGUUGUGUUUGCGCCGGAGCUGUGGAGGUGGAGGGGGUAUGAGGGAUAG